AUGGCGCUGUGUCUGCGGGACGCGGAGGUGAUUAUCGGGGCCGAGGAGAUGUCGCCGGGAGGGAGGGUCAUGGUGGGCGAUAUGCGCCGGUACGCGAGCGCGUUUGUCGAUGCGGUGAAGGAGAUUGGUUCGCUGGAUAAUAUCUGCUAUGCGCGCGUACGAGAUAUUGUGGGCCAGAAUUCGACAUUUGUGUCGCAGUCGGGCACGUUCCCGAAGCGGUUUCACGAUUAUAGCACGCGAGACGUAAUGGGAAUGAAUGACGCUAUGAAUGAUAUCUAUGAGCAGGCGCUGGAGAAUGAGCUUGGGUUCAGUGCGACUUUUGAUCUGAUGACGACGUGGAGACAUCUAGGGAGAUUGGGAUCCCAUGAUCUGAGCGCGAUGAGGGAAGCUCUGGGCGGGAUGCCGGUAAAAGUUCUUGGUGCUUCGUUAUGUUCGGCAGCUGGUCCGCCGUUUUGCAACGCAAUAUUCCAAUUCCCCAACUUUAGCGUAUCUUAUGAGUCUGGCGUCGAUUUCAUCCCGCGCUGCGACGCCAGUAUAGAAAUCUUCAGCAAAUCCAAAUCCAUCAAAAUCUGCUAUGAUACCCCUUACAUCAAGGGUGUUCCUGUGACCUUGCACGUCAAGGAGGCCUCGCCGGACGGGUCUUACCGGGAAUGCAUGAUUCGAAAAACAUACGAGGAUCCAUUCAUUUCGAUGCUAAAAGAGCUGUAUGACUGUGCGGUUUUUGAAAAGGAGAUAAAGACGACUGCCACGGACGCGAAACGCGAGAUUGAAUUGUUUGGAAUGAUAUUGAGAGCUGCUGUUCAAGGUCAAGUCACCUAG